AUGAUCCGCCUGUACAUCGCGGUGGAGCUGCUGAUGGCCGGGCUGGCCAUCGCGGGCAACGUGCUGGUCUGCUGGGCGGUGGCGUUGAACAGCCGUCUGAAGACGGCCACCAACUAUUUCCUGGUCUCGCUGGCCGUGGCCGACGUGGCCGUGGGGCUGCUGGCCAUCCCCUUCGCCGUGACCAUCAGCGUGGGCUUGACCACCGACUUCCACGGCUGCCUCUUCCUGGCCUGCUUCGUGCUGGUGCUCACCCAGGGCUCCAUCUUCAGCCUGCUGGCCGUGGCCGUGGACCGCUACCUGGCCAUCAAGAUCCCGCUUAGGUAA